GCUGUGGACAGGAAGAUACUUCUAGUAUAGAUAAGCUGUAACUCUACAGAUGGCUUAAUUUUAAUUUCAUUAUUGGUUAUUCAAUGUGAAACACUUGUGGCACAUUCAAUAUAGAAAUUGUAGCACUAAAUUUAGAAGAGUAACAUUGUUCAUGCAACUGAACUGUAAACUUUAUCAUCAGUUUUAGAAUCAUAUCAUGGGAUAGACUGAGUUUUGUGGAAGACUUUAAUAGUUUUGAAACUGGAAAUAAACAUUCUUUCAUUUAAUCCUUAUAUGAUGUUACAGUUGGAAGUUUUGACAACUGGGUGAAACUGGAGAUACAAUGAAAUGUUAAUUAUUCAUUAUCCAUCCUCUCUAAGAGAAACAACUUAUCUCCUCUGGCAAAAAAAAACAUCUUUAGCAAUGAGAUAAGAUAGAUUUCAGAUGACUAGAAAGUUUCAGCAACAAAGGAGAGAAGUGGGUAACACCAUGAAUGUAAGCAAGAAUAAGAAAAGCUAUGGAGGAGCGUUGUGCUCCAUGCUUGGUAAUGUCUUUAUUGUUCACACUUAUCUUCCUUCUCGCUGCUAAAGCAUAUGCAUAUGGAAUUGAUUUGAAGGGAAUCAUAGCUCAUUGGAACCUGACAGAGACCUUCCUAGAAAGGUGGUGCAAUAGGAACCUGAGAAGGGUGGUAGAAAGGAUGGCUUGGGAACUGUUGUCCUGUUGGCCUCACUGCAAAUCAAGGAAAAUCCAGAAGCAGGUCCUCUUGGAAGCUGUACUAAGGCACGUGGAAGACAGGAAGGUGAUGCAUGACAACUAGAGGUAUGUCCUGCCUGACCAAUGGAGCAGCCUUCUGGGAUGGCACAACUUCAUCAGUGGACAAAGGAAGAGCCACUGAUACCAUUUUUCUGGACUUCAGUAAGGGCUUUGACACAAAGCCCUUCUGACUCUAAUUUAAAGAUAUGAAUUUGCUUGUUCAGUGGAUGAAGGGGCUGUGAGAUUGUGUUCAGAGUAAUGGUUCAAUGUCUGGAUGGAGAGCAAUAAUGAGUGGCAUCUCUAAGGUCUGAAGAGAAACCAAUGCUCUCUAGAAGAGAGUAGGAUCUAGAAGGAUAAACGGUUUCAAACUAAAAGACGAGAGAAUUAAACUGGAUAUAAGGAAAAAGCUUUCUACAAUGAGGGCAAUAAGGGCAUGGGAACAGGUUGCCCUGAGAUUCCUGUAGGUGUUCAAGGCCACACUGGACCAGGUUCUGAGCAACCUGAUAGUCUCCCCGCUAAUUGCAGGAAAGUUGGACCAGAUGAAAUUCAAAGGUCCCUUCUAUCUCUAACAAAUCUAUGAUAAAAACGAAUUUGGUCCUCAAAUGUGAAGAGAGGUGGGAUGCAGGAGGGAAUCUGGUAACCCUCUGGUACAGUUCUGUAGUAAAAGCAGCAGCUAUGUAAACAUCAUACAGGGUGAAAAUACUGACAUAAUGACAUAUCUGGCUCUGAGAACUGCCUCUGAUGCUCUAUUGUCCUGGAAAAGUAAGGUGAUCUUGUUUUGAAGGAGUAGAAACAAAGGCUUAUGUGCUUGAAUUUCCUUUUCCUGCUUUCAUUUUAUAACUCCUUCAGGUGUCCAGGUGUGUGAAGAGGCAAAAGGAAAGGGAAGGAAGAUACCAAGUGAUUGAAGGCAUAAUGUCUCCUGUCAGUGAUGACUACAGAAAGAAAGGCUUGGUUUCAGCAAAGCAUCGGAUAGCAAUGGCCAAACUGGCACUGGAGACAUCUGACUGGAUUCGAGUUGAUCCAUGGGAGACUGAGCAGGAGUCAUGGACAGAGACAAUAAAAGUGUUAAGGCACCAUUACAAUGAGUCAGUCAGACUGCUCCAGUCCAGGAAGGAAUGCAUGAAAAACAAGCAAUUCACAGAAAGAUCUACAGAUAAUUCAGUUUCUUCACAGAGCUCAGUUCUACCAGAAGUAAAGCUGCUCUGUGGGGCUGAUUUUCUACAGACGUUUCAGACACCCAAUCUCUGGAAGAAAGAGCACAUCCAAGAAAUCGUAGAACAGUUUGGUUUGGUCUGUAUAAGCCUUGCUGGCUCUGAUCCUGUCCAGUACAUCAAUGAAUCAGAACUUCUAACUAAAUUUCAGCACAAUAUAUUUCUAGUGAAAGAAUGGAUUCAGAAUGAAAUCAGUUCAACACAGAUACGCUAUGCCUUGUGCAGAGGAUUAAGUGUAAAAUACCUCAUACCGGAUUCUGUCAUAGACUACAUUGCUUACCAUAAUAUUUACACUGAAGAAAGUGAACGGAAGAACGAAGGCGAAUUGCUUCAGCCUCAGAAAUUGUAUAAAGCAGCAGUAAGGUUGCUAAAUGACAAAUGUCCAUAGUUUGUGGACAGAUGUGGCCUUUUCUUCAGGAGAAGUUCAUGAAAGAUGUUUCUUCUUGAUAAGGGGAAAAUACAUCAGCCCAAAACUUCCUGAGUUUGUGGUGUUUUAAUUAAUUUUUAUGUCUAUAUUGUGCAUCAUAAAUUCAGCGCAAUUGAAUACCAUAAAAAUAGAAGUGAGGUUUUAGCAAUAAAUAAUAAUUUCAAGUAAUAUUUAAAGGUUUAACAUAGUACUUUCUGGAUUUGAAAUUCCUUAAUCCUAUGGAGAGUUAAAGGAUGAAGAUGUAUAUUUGUUGUGAAGCAGCAAAUUGAAAUGCAUAGUAACUUCUCUACUGUUCUUCAAAAUAAAAAUACGUUUAAAUGUUGA